UACUUCCUACCGAACUCCAAUCAAGAUGGGCAUAGGCUGGGGGGUACGAAUACCACUAUGGAUACCAAUAUUAGUGAUCACCUUUAUGCAGAACAAAGUCAAAGCCCAAUAUGAGGACCAACAAGCAAAUUAUGAUGACUAUAAUUAUGUCCAGCAGGGACAAGACUAUUUUUCUGUACCAGUAACUAAACCACAAGAAGUGACAAUCAUCCAACCACUGAGAACGACGCUGCCUGUAAAGCCUGGCAACCCUGCUCACAAUGGACGUGUAUGCAGCACCUGGGGAAACUUCCACUUCAAGACCUUUGAUGGGGACAUCUUUCACUUCCCCGGGCUCUGCAACUAUGUCUUUGCAUCCCACUGCAAAUCUGCCUAUGAGGACUUCAACAUCCAGAUCAGGCGCACUAUGCUGGAAAGCUCUCCUGUGAUCAACCAUAUCACCCUGAAGCUUGACGGAAUGGUGAUUGAACUGACCUCAGACUCCAUUGUGGUCAAUGGCAACCCAAUUCAGCUGCCUUUCAGCCAGUCAGGAAUCCUGAUAGAGAGAAGUAGUGGCUAUUUGAAAAUCACUGCCAAGAUGGGCCUGGUCUUCAUGUGGAACCAACUGGAUGGCCUUCUGGUGGAACUGGAUAAGAAAUAUGCCAAUCAGACCUGUGGACUUUGUGGGGACUUCAAUGGCAUUCCAAUUUACAAUGAGUUCACAUCAAACAACAUCAAGCUGACUGACGUGCAGUUUGGGAAUAUGCAGAAGAUGGAUGGACCCACAGAGCAAUGCGAGGAUCCUACAUCUUCUUCUCUUUCAAACUGCUCAAAUGAAUUUAGUGCUAUCUGCCAGAGAGUAUUGACUGGUGAAGCAUUUGUGAGCUGCAAUGCACUGGUGGACGUUCAAGACUACAUUGACUCUUGCGUACAAGACUUGUGCCGCUGUGAUGAGUCUAUGCGUGAUUUCUGCAUCUGUAACACCUUUGCUGAAUACUCCCGGCAGUGCGCCCAUGCCGGUGGACAACCUCUGAACUGGAGAACUAAAGAACUGUGCAACAAGACGUGCCCUUAUAACAUGCAGCACGAGGAAUGUGGCUCCCCCUGUGCUAACACCUGCACCAACCCUGAAAGGUCAGCCCUCUGUGAAGAUCACUGUACCGAUGGCUGCGUCUGCCCCCCAGGAACCGUGUCUGAUGACAUUAACAGCUCUGGCUGUAUCCCUCUCAGCGAGUGCCACUGUACCUACAAAGGUGAAACGUAUAGUCCAGGUGCUUCUUUUGCAUCCCAGUGCACUUCAUGUACCUGUACUGGAGGCCAGUGGAGUUGUGUCAGCCUUUCCUGCCCUGGGACUUGCUCCAUUGAAGGAGGUUCCCACAUCUCCACAUUUGAUGAGAAACGUUAUUCCUUCUUUGGAGAUUGUAGCUAUAUCCUGACGAAGCUCUGUGACAGCGAUUCCUUCGCUGUUCUAGGAGAAGUCCGCAAAUGUGGCCUAACUGACACCGAGACAUACCUGAAAGGUGUAGCCAUCAGCAUAGGUGGAGGACAAACUAUUGUUGUGAUCAAACCUUCUGGCAGCGUGUUUGUGAAUACGAUCUACACCCAGUUGCCCAUCUCUGCAGCCAAUGUCACUAUCUUCAGGCCUUCAUCAUUCUUCAUCAUCGUACAAACAAACUUUGGGCUUCAGGUUCAAAUCCAGCUUGUACCCAUCAUGCAACUCUUUGUAAACUUGGACCCAUCCCACAAAGGGCAGACAUGUGGUCUUUGUGGAAACUUCAACAAUAUCCAAGCAGAUGACUUCAAAGCCACAAGUGGUGUAGUGGAAGGAACAGCAGCCGCUUUUGCCAAUACCUGGAAAAUCCAGGGUGAUUGCCCUAAUGUCAAAAACAUCUUUGAGAACCCCUGUACCCUCAGCAUAGAAAAUGAAAAAUAUGCUCAGCACUGGUGUGGAUUGCUGACUGAUACUCAAGGACCUUUUGCUGAAUGCCACUCAACAGUGAAUCCAGAUGUUUACCACACGAACUGUCUGUUUGACACCUGUAACUGUGAAAAGAGUGAGGACUGCAUGUGUGCUGCCCUCUCUACCUAUGUCAGAGCCUGUGCUGCCAAAGGAGUCCUGUUGAAUGGAUGGAGGACCAAUGUCUGCACCAUAACCUCGUGCCCCAAAUCCCUGACGUACAGCUACGUUGUCAGUUCCUGCCAACCCACUUGCCGAUCUUUGAGUGAGCCCGAUGUCACAUGCAACAUCAAGUUCACUCCAGUUGAUGGCUGCACCUGUGCAAAUGGAACUUACAUGGAUGAAAAUGGCAAAUGCGUACCCGCUACUAGCUGUCCUUGUUAUUACAAAGGCUCUGUGCUACCUUCUGGAGAGGUUGUUCACGACAAUGGUGUCAUAUGCUCUUGCACACAUGGAAAGUUGGACUGCGUGAGAGUGAAACCAGAACCAGUCUGUGCAGCUCCCAUGGUCUACUUUGACUGCAGCAAUGUCACUGCAGGCACCAUUGGAUCCGAGUGCCAGAAGAGCUGUCAGACUCUUGAUAUGGGAUGCUACAGCACACAGUGCGUCUCUGGCUGUGUGUGCCCUAAUGGUCUAGUGUCAGAUGGCAAAGGUGGCUGUGUAGCUGCGGGGGAAUGUCCAUGUGUUCACAAUGAUGCCUCCUACAAUCCAGGAGAAACAAUUAAAGUCAACUGUAACACCUGCACUUGUAAAAACAGAAUGUGGCAAUGCACCAAUGAAUCUUGCCUGGCAACCUGCUCUGUUUAUGGAGAUGGUCAUUACAUUACUUUUGAUGGCAAACGCUUCAGCUUUAGUGGAGACUGUGAAUACACACUGGUCCAGGAUUACUGUGGUAAAAACAGUACCAGCCUUGGAACCUUCCGAGUGAUCACUGAGAACAUCCCCUGUGGAACCACUGGGACCACCUGCUCAAAGGCCAUUAAAGUCUUCCUAGGGAACUAUGAACUGGUACUCAGUGACGGAAAGUUUGAAGUGAUAGAGAAGGUCCGUGGAGGGGAAGUGCCAUACAAGGUCCGUUACAUGGGCAUCUACAUGGUGAUUGACACCAACAAUGGGCUGAUUCUUAUGUGGGAUAAGAAAACCAGCAUAUUCAUCAAGCUCAGCCCAGAUUUUAAGGGUCAGGUCUGUGGCCUGUGUGGGAACUACGAUGGCAAUGGCAUUAAUGACUUUACCACCAGAAGUCAGUCUGUGGUAGGAGAUGUGCUGGAGUUUGGAAACAGCUGGAAGGUGUCUCCUACUUGCCCAGAUGCCAAGAGCAACAAGGAUCCUUGCACUGCAAACCCUUACAGGAACUCUUGGGCCCAGAAGCAGUGCAGCAUAAUCAACAGCAAAGUAUUCGCUGCCUGUCACUCUCAGGUUGAACCAAAUGAAUAUUAUGAAGCAUGCGUGACUGAUGCUUGUGCCUGUGACACUGGGGGAGAUUGUGAAUGUUUCUGUACAGCGGUAGCUUCAUAUGCUCAAGCAUGUAAUGAGGCUGGCAUUUGUGUUGCAUGGAGAACCCCAUCUAUCUGUCCUCUGUUCUGUGAUUACUACAACCCGCAAGGGGAAUGCGAGUGGCACUACAAGCCUUGUGGGUCUCCUUGUAUGAAGACCUGCAGGAACCGAAGUGGAAAAUGCCUUCAUGAGUUACAAGGCUUGGAAGGAUGCUAUCCAAAGUGUCCAGAGAACAAGCCCUAUUUUGAUGAAGAUGAUAUGGAGUGUGUCGAUAGCUGUGGCUGUUAUGAUACCAAGGGAAAAUAUUACAAGCCAGGAACACCCAUUCGUUCAGAAGAGAACUGUCAAUCAUGUGAAUGCACAAUGAAUGGCAUUGAGUGUGAAUAUGAUGAAGACGAAUGCCACUGCACAUAUGAUGGAAAGCAAUAUGAGUAUGAGGAUGUCAUCUACGACACUACAGAUGGUAUUGGCGGGUGUAUCAUUGCAACUUGUGGUCACAAUGGAACAAUUGAUAGAAAAGUCUACGCAUGUUCUACACCCUUAACCACAACACCAUUUUCAUUUUCCUCUUCAACACCUAUAUCCACCACUACAGUGACACCAACUACAUCAGUCUGUGUUCGUGAAGUAUGCCAGUGGUCACAAUGGUAUGAUGUGAGCUAUCCAGGGUCUGGGAUCAACGAUGGAGAUUUUGACACAUUUGAUCAUUUAAGAGCCAAAGGUUAUAAAGUCUGCAAAGCUCCAAAGGCUGUUGAAUGCAGAUCUGAGAAGUUCCCUAACAUACCAUUAAAUGAACUAGAGCAAAAAGGAGAAUGUAGUACAACAAGGGGACUAAUAUGUUAUAAUAAGGAUCAGCAUCAAAUGAUCUGCGACAACUUCCAGAUAAAAAUCUUAUGCUGUAGCUUUGUACCAUGUGAAUAUACAACUCCUGCUACCACAACGCCUGCGGAGACUACAACACCCAUCACAAAAACAACCACUCCAGAAACUACUGUAACCGGUAUAUCUUCAACAACUACAGCACUACCUACAACCACAGAAUCUAAAACAACUACUCUUUCAACAAGUACCAUGACCUCCAAAACUCCUUCAACGUCUCCAGUCACAGAAACAACGAGUGUGUCAACUUCAACUCUUACAACCACAGCUCCAUCAACAACAAUCCCUGAAACAACUGCCAGCCCUUCAACAGAAACUGUAUAUACUACAGGAGAAAUCACAUCCAUAACACCUUGUAAACCAAAAUGCAAAUGGUCUGAAUGGCAUGAUGUCCAUUUUCCCAGUCUGGACAAUAAAGGAGAUUCUGAAACAUAUGAUGAUAUUAGAGCAGCAGGAAAAGUGAUCUGCAGCAAACCUGAAAAUAUAGAAUGUCGAGCCGAGAAAUUCCCAGAAAAAUCAAUUGAUAACAUUGGCCAAAUUGUCCAGUGCAAUGUAUCCUUUGGACUUGUCUGCAGGAAUGAAGAUCAGGAAGGAGUGCUCCAAAUGUGUUAUAACUAUCAAAUAAAAGUAUUCUGCUGUGAUGAUUUUAGUCACUGCCCAUCCACAUCCACUACUACAGAAACUACAACAACUGCAGGCACAACUAUUGUUUCAACAAAACCUUCCACCCACACUCCUAUAACUACAGAAACUACAACUUCAACCAUAAGAACUACACCUUCAACCACCACAACAACAGAAACCACAACCAAAGAAAUUAAAACAACUACUCCUUUAACAACCACCCCUAUAGAAACUACAACAAUCACAACUACACCUUUCACUACCACAAGCACAGAAACUACAACUACUCUAGGCACACCCAUUGUUUCAACAGAAACUUCCACACUGACUCCUACAACUACAGAAACUACAUCAACAGUUGGAACUACACAUUCAUCCACCACCAGCAUAGAAACUACAACAGUCACAACUACACCUUUCACUACCACAACCACAGAAACUACAACUACUCCAGGCACACCCAUUGUUUCAACAGAAACUUCCACACUGACUCCUACUACUACAGAAACUACAUCAAUAGGAACUACACAUUCAUCCAUCACCAGCACAGAAACUACAACAGUCACAACUACACCUUUCACUGCCACAACCACACAAACUACAACAACCACAGGUACUACAACCAUGACAACUCCUCAAACUACUACUACAAUACCAACCACUACUCCAAUAACCUCAACACCAAUUCCGGACACUUUUACAACUACAACUACUUCACCAACCACUACUCAAACCACAGAAUUUACCACAAUAAUAAGUACAAUCACUACACCAACAACCACGGCUGCAACUACUACACCUAUUUCAACAACAAAACCUACAUCAUCAAUAAUAGUAACAACUACUCCAGCAGUAACCACAAUCUCAGAAACUACAACACCUGUGACAACUGUUCCUCCAACAACUCAUGAUUGUUUUAAAGAACUAUGUGAAUGGUCACAAUGGUAUGAUGUAAGUUACCCAAGGUCUGCUAUCAAUGGUGGAGAUUUCGAUACAUUUAAGAAUAUAAGAGCCAAAGGAUACAAUGUAUGCAAAGCUCCAAAGGCUGUGGAAUGCAGAGCAGAAAGAUUCCCUAACACACCAUUAAAUGAGCUGGAGCAAAAUGUAAUAUGCAGCAAAACAGAAGGGCUGAUAUGUUAUAACAAGGAUCAACUCCCACCAAUCUGCUAUAAUUACCAGAUCAAAAUUGAAUGUUGCAGAAAUGUCAUUGUAUCAUGCCCAACUACCACCCUAGCCACUACAACGACAGUAAAAUCCACCCCACCAAUACCAACAACCACCCCAACCAUUACCCCAAUAGUAACAACCACCCCAGCCACUACAACGACAGUAACAACCAUCCCAACCACUACCCAAAUAGUAACAACCACCCCAGGCACUACCCCAACUGUAACAACCACCCCAGCCACUACAACAAUAUUAACAACCACCACAACAAUACUAACAACCACCCCAACCAUUACCCCAAUAGGAACAACCACCCCAGCCACUACCCCAAUAGUAACAAUCACCCCAGCCACUACAACGACAGUAACAACCAUCCCAACCACUACCCAAAUAGUAACAACCACCCCAGGCACUACUCCAAUUGUAACAAUCACCCCAGCCACUACAACAAUAUUAACAACCACCCCAAACAUUACCCCAAUAGGAACAACGACCCCAGCCACUACCCCAAUAGAAACAACCACCUCAACCACUAUCCCAAUAGAACCAACGACCACAGCCACUACAAUGACACUAACAACCACACCAGCCACUACAAUAGAAACAACCACCCCACCAACUACCCCAAUAGUAACAACAACAACCCUAGCCACUACAACGACAGUAACAACCACCCCAGCCACUGCAACGACAGUAACAACAAGGACAACAGCAACCACAAAAAAAAUUAUUACCCAAAUAAAGACAACUAAAACAGCUCAAACAGCACCUGUACAUCAAAAAACGACUCAAGAAAUGCACAGUACAACUAAAGAAACCACACUGGUGAGUAAAACAACACCAGAAAGAACUCCAGUCACUACAACAUUGACGAUCUCCACAGCACUGCCAACUACCACAUCUGUAGAAACCAAAACUAGUGAAAUUACCCGAAGCGGAACCACAACAGGUACCACCACUCUACCUACCACAGCAAUCCCCACAACAUCGCCAAUACCCACAACUACAGGAACAACCACUUCCUCAACUACAAAGUGUCAACCAACGUGCACAUGGUCCAAAUGGUUUGAUGUUGAUUUCCCCUCUUCUGGACCUAAAGAAGGAGACAUUGAAACCUAUAACAACAUAAGGGCUGCAGGAGAGAUAAUCUGCAGAAAGCCUGAAAAUAUUCAGUGUAGGGCAGAAAACUACCCAGACAUAAGCAUCGACCAGAUCGGUCAAGUUGUGCAGUGCGAUGCCAAUUUUGGGCUGGUGUGCAAAAAUGAGGAUCAAAUCGGGAAAUUUAAAAUGUGUUUCAACUAUCAGAUACGUGUUUUUUGCUGUGAAGAGAACCCUAACUGCCCAACCGCGACCACAAGUAUCAUGCCCACAACUACACGUACACCAACAACUACAGUCACAGAAAUGACCACCAGAGUCACCACUUCUACUAAACCAACAGUCACACAAACACCAGAAACCACUACCUCUGAAACAACUCCAAUCACUACCACUAACAGACCAAGCACAAGCACAAGCACAACGGGUACCACCACUCUGCCUCCCACGGGAGUCAUCACAACAUCGCCGAUCUCCACAGCAUCUCCAACUACCACAAUUGUAGAAACCACCACUACAGUAACCACCGGAAGCAGAAGCACAACAGGUACCACCACUCCACCUACCACAGAAAUCCCCACAACAUCGCCAAUACCCACAACUACAGGAACAACCACUUCCUCAACUACAAAGUGUCAACCAACGUGCACGUGGUCCAAAUGGUUUGAUGUUGAUUUCCCCUCUUCUGGACCUAAAGAAGGAGACAUUGAAACCUAUAACAACAUAAGGGCUGCAGGAGAGAUAAUCUGCAGAAAGCCUGAAAAUAUUCAGUGUAGGGCAGAAAACUACCCAGACAUAAGCAUCGACCAGAUCGGUCAAGUUGUGCAGUGCGAUGCCAAUUUUGGGCUGGUGUGCAAAAAUGAGGAUCAAAUCGGGAAAUUUAAAAUGUGUUUCAACUAUCAGAUACGUGUUUUUUGCUGUGAAGAGAACCCUAACUGCCCAACCGCGACCACAAGUAUCAUGCCCACAACUACACGUACACCAACAACUACAGUCACAGAAACGACCACCAGAGUCACCACUUCUACUAAACCAACAGUCACACAAACACCAGAAACCACUACCUCUGAAACAACUCCAAUCACUACCACUAACAGACCAAGCACAAGCACAAGCACAACGGGUACCACCACUCUGCCUCCCACGGGAGUCAUCACAACAUCGCCGAUCUCCACAGCAUCUCCAACUACCACAAUUGUAGAAACCACCACUACAGUAACCACCGGAAGCAGAAGCACAACAGGUACCACCACUCCACCUACCACAGAAAUCCCCACAACAUCGCCAAUACCCACAACUACAGGAACAACCACUUCCUCAACUACAAAGUGUCAACCAACGUGCACGUGGUCCAAAUGGUUUGAUGUUGAUUUCCCCUCUUCUGGACCUAAAGAAGGAGACAUUGAAACCUAUAACAACAUAAGGGCUGCAGGAGAGAUAAUCUGCAGAAAGCCUGAAAAUAUUCAGUGUAGGGCAGAAAACUACCCAGACAUAAGCAUCGACCAGAUCGGUCAAGUUGUGCAGUGCGAUGCCAAUUUUGGGCUGGUGUGCAAAAAUGAGGAUCAAAUCGGGAAAUUUAAAAUGUGUUUCAACUAUCAGAUACGUGUUUUUUGCUGUGAAGAGAACCCUAACUGCCCAACCGCGACCACAAGUAUCAUGCCCACAACUACACGUACACCAACAACUACAGUCACAGAAACGACCACCAGAGUCACCACUUCUACUAAACCAACAGUCACACAAACACCAGAAACCACUACCUCUGAAACAACUCCAAUCACUACCACUAACAGACCAAGCACAAGCACAAGCACAACGGGUACCACCACUCUGCCUCCCACGGGAGUCAUCACAACAUCGCCGAUCUCCACAGCAUCUCCAACUACCACAAUUGUAGAAACCACCACUACAGUAACCACCGGAAGCAGAAGCACAACAGGUACCACCACUCUACCUACCACAGAAAUCCCCACAACAUCGCCAAUACCCACAACUACAGGAACAACCACUUCCUCAACUACAAAGUGUCAACCAACGUGCACGUGGUCCAAAUGGUUUGAUGUUGAUUUCCCCUCUUCUGGACCUAAAGAAGGAGACAUUGAAACCUAUAACAACAUAAGGGCUGCAGGAGAGAUAAUCUGCAGAAAGCCUGAAAAUAUUCAGUGUAGGGCAGAAAACUACCCAGACAUAAGCAUCGACCAGAUCGGUCAAGUUGUGCAGUGCGAUGCCAAUUUUGGGCUGGUGUGCAAAAAUGAGGAUCAAAUCGGGAAAUUUAAAAUGUGUUUCAACUAUCAGAUACGUGUUUUUUGCUGUGAAGAGAACCCUAACUGCCCAACCGCGACCACAAGUAUCAUGCCCACAACUACACGUACACCAACAACUACAGUCACAGAAACGACCACCAGAGUCACCACUUCUACUAAACCAACAGUCACACAAACACCAGAAACCACUACCUCUGAAACAACUCCAAUCACUACCACUAACAGACCAAGCACAAGCACAAGCACAACGGGUACCACCACUCUGCCUCCCACGGGAGUCAUCACAACAUCGCCGAUCUCCACAGCAUCUCCAACUACCACAAUUGUAGAAACCACCACCGGAGGAACCACCGGAAGCAGAAGCACAACAGGUACCACCACUCUACCUACCACAGAAAUCCCCACAACAUCGCCAAUACCCACAACUACAGGAACAACCACUUCCUCAACUACAAAGUGUCAACCAACGUGCACGUGGUCCAAAUGGUUUGAUGUUGAUUUCCCCUCUUCUGGACCUAAAGAAGGAGACAUUGAAACCUAUAACAACAUAAGGGCUGCAGGAGAGAUAAUCUGCAGAAAGCCUGAAAAUAUUCAGUGUAGGGCAGAAAACUACCCAGACAUAAGCAUCGACCAGAUCGGUCAAGUUGUGCAGUGCGAUGCCAAUUUUGGGCUGGUGUGCAAAAAUGAGGAUCAAAUCGGGAAAUUUAAAAUGUGUUUCAACUAUCAGAUACGUGUUUUUUGCUGUGAAGAGAACCCUAACUGCCCAACCGCGACCACAAGUAUCAUGCCCACAACUACACGUACACCAACAACUACAGUCACAGAAACGACCACCAGAGUCACCACUUCUACUAAACCAACAGUCACACAAACACCAGAAACCACUACCUCUGAAACAACUCCAAUCACUACCACUAACAGACCAAGCACAAGCACAAGCACAACGGGUACCACCACUCUGCCUCCCACGGGAGUCAUCACAACAUCGCCGACCUCCACAGCAUCUCCAACUACCACAAUUGUAGAAACCACCACUACAGUAACCACCGGAAGCAGAAGCACAACAGGUACCACCACUCUACCUACCACAGAAAUCCCCACAACAUCACCAAUACCCACAACUACAGGAACAACCACUUCCUCAACUACAAAGUGUCAACCAACGUGCACGUGGUCCAAAUGGUUUGAUGUUGAUUUCCCCUCUUCUGGACCUAAAGAAGGAGACAUUGAAACCUAUAACAACAUAAGGGCUGCAGGAGAGAUAAUCUGCAGAAAGCCUGAAAAUAUUCAGUGUAGGGCAGAAAACUACCCAGACAUAAGCAUCGACCAGAUCGGUCAAGUUGUGCAGUGCGAUGCCAAUUUUGGGCUGGUGUGCAAAAAUGAGGAUCAAAUCGGGAAAUUUAAAAUGUGUUUCAACUAUCAGAUACGUGUUUUUUGCUGUGAAGAGAACCCUAACUGCCCAACCGCGACCACAAGUAUCAUGCCCACAACUACACGUACACCAACAACUACAGUCACAGAAACGACCACCAGAGUCACCACUUCUACUAAACCAACAGUCACACAAACACCAGAAACCACUACCUCUGAAACAACUCCAAUCACUACCACUAACAGACCAAGCACAAGCACAAGCACAACGGGUACCACCACUCUGCCUCCCACGGGAGUCAUCACAACAUCGCCGACCUCCACAGCAUCUCCAACUACCACAAUUGUAGAAACCACCACUACAGUAACCACCGGAAGCAGAAGCACAACAGGUACCACCACUCUACCUACCACAGAAAUCCCCACAACAUCACCAAUACCCACAACUACAGGAACAACCACUUCCUCAACUACAAAGUGUCAACCAACGUGCACGUGGUCCAAAUGGUUUGAUGUUGAUUUCCCCUCUUCUGGACCUAAAGAAGGAGACAUUGAAACCUAUAACAACAUAAGGGCUGCAGGAGAGAUAAUCUGCAGAAAGCCUGAAAAUAUUCAGUGUAGGGCAGAAAACUACCCAGACAUAAGCAUCGACCAGAUCGGUCAAGUUGUGCAGUGCGAUGCCAAUUUUGGGCUGGUGUGCAAAAAUGAGGAUCAAAUCGGGAAAUUUAAAAUGUGUUUCAACUAUCAGAUACGUGUUUUUUGCUGUGAAGAGAACCCUAACUGCCCAACCGCGACCACAAGUAUCAUGCCCACAACUACACGUACACCAACAACUACAGUCACAGAAACGACCACCAGAGUCACCACUUCUACUAAACCAACAGUCACACAAACACCAGAAACCACUACCUCUGAAACAACUCCAAUCACUACCACUAACAGACCAAGCACAAGCACAAGCACAACGGGUACCACCACUCUGCCUCCCACGGGAGUCAUCACAACAUCGCCGACCUCCACAGCAUCUCCAACUACCACAAUUGUAGAAACCACCACUACAGUAACCACCGGAAGCAGAAGCACAACAGGUACCACCACACUACCUACCACAGAAAUCCCCACAACAUCGCCAAUACCCACAACUACAGGAACAACCACUUCCUCAACUACAAAGUGUCAACCAACGUGCACGUGGUCCAAAUGGUUUGAUGUUGAUUUCCCCUCUUCUGGACCUAAAGAAGGAGACAUUGAAACCUAUAACAACAUAAGGGCUGCAGGAGAGAUAAUCUGCAGAAAGCCUGAAAAUAUUCAGUGUAGGGCAGAAAACUACCCAGACAUAAGCAUCGACCAGAUCGGUCAAGUUGUGCAGUGCGAUGCCAAUUUUGGGCUGGUGUGCAAAAAUGAGGAUCAAAUCGGGAAAUUUAAAAUGUGUUUCAACUAUCAGAUACGUGUUUUUUGCUGUGAAGAGAACCCUAACUGCCCAACCGCGACCACAAGUAUCAUGCCCACAACUACACGUACACCAACAACUACAGUCACAGAAACGACCACCAGAGUCACCACUUCUACUAAACCAACAGUCACACAAACACCAGAAACCACUACCUCUGAAACAACUCCAAUCACUACCACUAACAGACCAAGCACAAGCACAAGCACAACGGGUACCACCACUCUGCCUCCCACGGGAGUCAUCACAACAUCGCCGACCUCCACAGCAUCUCCAACUACCACAAUUGUAGAAACCACCACUACAGUAACCACCGGAAGCAGAAGCACAACAGGUACCACCACUCUACCUACCACAGAAAUCCCCACAACAUCGCCAAUACCCACAACUACAGGAACAACCACUUCCUCAACUACAAAGUGUCAACCAACGUGCACGUGGUCCAAAUGGUUUGAUGUUGAUUUCCCCUCUUCUGGACCUAAAGAAGGAGACAUUGAAACCUAUAACAACAUAAGGGCUGCAGGAGAGAUAAUCUGCAGAAAGCCUGAAAAUAUUCAGUGUAGGGCAGAAAACUACCCAGACAUAAGCAUCGACCAGAUCGGUCAAGUUGUGCAGUGCGAUGCCAAUUUUGGGCUGGUGUGCAAAAAUGAGGAUCAAAUCGGGAAAUUUAAAAUGUGUUUCAACUAUCAGAUACGUGUUUUUUGCUGUGAAGAGAACCCUAACUGCCCAACCGCGACCACAAGUAUCAUGCCCACAACUACACGUACACCAACAACUACAGUCACAGAAACGACCACCAGAGUCACCACUUCUACUAAACCAACAGUCACACAAACACCAGAAACCACUACCUCUGAAACAACUCCAAUCACUACCACUAACAGACCAAGCACAAGCACAAGCACAACGGGUACCACCACUCUGCCUCCCACGGGAGUCAUCACAACAUCGCCGACCUCCACAGCAUCUCCAACUACCACAAUUGUAGAAACCACCACUACAGUAACCACCGGAAGCAGAAGCACAACAGGUACCACCACUCUACCUACCACAGAAAUCCCCACAACAUCGCCAAUACCCACAACUACAGGAACAACCACUUCCUCAACUACAAAGUGUCAACCAACGUGCACGUGGUCCAAAUGGUUUGAUGUUGAUUUCCCCUCUUCUGGACCUAAAGAAGGAGACAUUGAAACCUAUAACAACAUAAGGGCUGCAGGAGAGAUAAUCUGCAGAAAGCCUGAAAAUAUUCAGUGUAGGGCAGAAAACUACCCAGACAUAAGCAUCGACCAGAUCGGUCAAGUUGUGCAGUGCGAUGCCAAUUUUGGGCUGGUGUGCAAAAAUGAGGAUCAAAUCGGGAAAUUUAAAAUGUGUUUCAACUAUCAGAUACGUGUUUUUUGCUGUGAAGAGAACCCUAACUGCCCAACCGCGACCACAAGUAUCAUGCCCACAACUACACGUACACCAACAACUACAGUCACAGAAACGACCACCAGAGUCACCACUUCUACUAAACCAACAGUCACACAAACACCAGAAACCACUACCUCUGAAACAACUCCAAUCACUACCACUAACAGACCAAGCACAAGCACAAGCACAACGGGUACCACCACUCUGCCUCCCACGGGAGUCAUCACAACAUCGCCGACCUCCACAGCAUCUCCAACUACCACAAUUGUAGAAACCACCACUACAGUAACCACCGGAAGCAGAAGCACAACAGGUACCACCACUCUACCUACCACAGAAAUCCCCACAACAUCACCAAUACCCACAACUACAGGAACAACCACUUCCUCAACUACAAAGUGUCAACCAACGUGCACGUGGUCCAAAUGGUUUGAUGUUGAUUUCCCCUCUUCUGGACCUAAAGAAGGAGACAUUGAAACCUAUAACAACAUAAGGGCUGCAGGAGAGAUAAUCUGCAGAAAGCCUGAAAAUAUUCAGUGUAGGGCAGAAAACUACCCAGACAUAAGCAUCGACCAGAUCGGUCAAGUUGUGCAGUGCGAUGCCAAUUUUGGGCUGGUGUGCAAAAAUGAGGAUCAAAUCGGGAAAUUUAAAAUGUGUUUCAACUAUCAGAUACGUGUUUUUUGCUGUGACGAAAACGUAAAUUGUCCUGUUACAACCUCAAUUUUGCCAACAAUGCCCACACGAGUAACCACUCCAACUAUCUCAAGUACACAAACUGGAACAACAGAAGUAACCAUGACAACUACUCACUGCUUUUGCCAAAUUGAGGACGCUGUUUAUGCAUCUGGUGAAAUGAUUUACAACAAAAUAGACAAGGAUGGAUGUAAUUUUUAUGCCAUUUGUAGUAAAACAUGUUCAGUGGAGCGAUUUAAGGGACCAUGUAAAUCAACAACUCCAGCAACAGCAACAACAACUACACCUACAACUUCAACAUCUAUACCAACUACGACUCCCACUACAACAGUUAGUUCAACCACUAAAAUUGAGUGUCCUGAUGCUAAACCUCCCAGAAAGAUGGGUGAAACAUGGAAGAUAUCCAACUGUACCACUGCAACUUGCGAGGGAAAUAACAAAGUUGUUAUACAGAAAGUGAAAUGCCCACCUGUAAAGAAAAUUACCUGCGCCAACGGAUACCCACCAGUAGAGGUCUUCAGUGAGGAUGGCUGCUGUUACCACUAUGAAUGUGAAUGUGUCUGUAGUGGCUGGGGUGACCCUCACUACAUUACAUUCGAUGGAACCUAUUACACAUUCCUUGACAACUGCACAUAUACUCUGGUGAAGCAGAUUACCCCUAAAUAUGACAACUUCCGUGUUGACAUUGACAAUUACUUCUGUGAUGCGGAAGAUGGACUUUCCUGUCCUCAGUCCAUUAUUGUUUACUACAAGUACACAGUGGUAGUGCUGACGCGUGAACUCUAUAAUGGAGUGAUGGCUAAUAAGAUUAUCUUCAAUAAAACGGUUGUCAACCCAGGCUUCAAGAAAGAUGGCAUUUCUAUUUACAUGCUUGGCAUCAACAUGGUUGUUGAAAUACCUGAGAUUGGCGCUACCAUCACCUUCAGCGGGUUGAUCUUCUCAGUGAAACUCCCAUUCAGCAAAUUUGGCAAUAACACUGAAGGACAGUGUGGUACAUGCUCAAACACCAAAAUCGAUGACUGCCGCUUGCCAAGUGGUAAGAUCAUCUCUUCUUGUACCCAAAUGGCUCCCCACUGGAAGGUUAACGAUGACAAGAAGCGAUACUGUGUAGGAACAACACCACCACCCAGCACCCCGACUCCAGCUCCCAGCUGUCCUCCGUCUGCUCUUUGCAAGAUAAUUUUGAGCGAAGUCUUUGAAGAAUGCCACAAGGUGAUACCACCACAAGAUUUUUACAAGGGCUGUGUCUUUGAUGCAUGUCACAUGACCAAUGCAUCCAUGCAGUGUUCCGGCUUGGAGAUAUAUGCCACUCUGUGUGCCACUAGAGGUGUUUGUAUUGACUGGAGAGGAGAGACUCAGGGCAAAUGCCCAUAUAACUGUCCAGUGGGCAAAGUGUAUAAACCAUGUGGGCCUCUUAAUCCUGCUACUUGUGAUUCAAGAGCUGUUCAACACAAUGGCACUGGCCUAACUGAAGGAUGUUUCUGCCCUGAAGGAAAGUUUCUCUUCAAUGCAAACAGCGAUGUCUGUGUCUCUGGAUGUGGUAACUGUAUAGGACCAGAUGGACAGCCCAAAUUACCUGGAGACCAGUGGAAAAGCAAUUGCCAGGACUGUGUUUGUGACCGGUACACUGUUACAGUGCAGUGUACAAAGCGCCCGUGUAAACCACUCCCGCCAGUUUCUUGUGAUGACCCAGGGUUUGUUCCUGUCCAGUCGCUGACACAAGAAGACCCAUGCUGUGUCCAGACUGAAUGCCGAUGUGACACUAGCAAGUGCCCCGAAUCAGUGGCCAGCUGUCAACCAGGAUACGAGUUAAUCCCAGAAGUAUUAAAUGGAAAUUGUUGUACUAUCUUCACAUGUAAGCUAAAACCAGGCUGUGUAACCAAUGGAACUUUCUACAUGCCUGGAGCUGUCAUUCCAAAAGGUACCUGUGAAAAGUGCACCUGCUCUGCCAAAGUACAGCCAGACAGUCAGAGAAACAUCGUUGACUGCCAGCCCAUUCCAUGUGACACUGAGUGCCCACUGGGCUAUGAAUAUAAGAUGAAAUCUGGACAAUGCUGUGGCAAGUGUGUACAGGUGGCUUGUGUACUGAAGAUGAAGGAUAACACAGUCCAUGUGCUUCAGGCUGGAAAAGUCUGGCAUGAGCCUGGUGAUAACUGUACCUUCUAUAAAUGUGAACAAAUUGAGGAUCAGUUUAUUCCUGUCACUGUAAGGAAAGCCUGUCAACCCAUAUACCCAGAAGACUGCGAUCCUGCUGAUAUCAAGCUAAGUGAAGAUGGCUGCUGCAAAAGAUGCAUACCACAGGGUAAAGUAGCUUGUAAACUGCAUAGUACUCCCACUGUCAUCAGACACAAUGAAUGCAACUCUUCUGUGCCUGUUGAACUAACAUACUGCGAAGGCAACUGUGAUACUUCUUCAAUGUAUUCCCUUGAGGCGAAUGUGAUGCAACACAAGUGCAAGUGUUGUCAGGAGGUCAAGACCAGCAAAAGACAGGUGACCCUGAGCUGCCCUGAUGGAAGCACCACUGAUUACUCAUACACCCACGUGGAGCAGUGCGAUUGUGCGGGCACGGAGUGCAUCCCCCAAGCCCCUCCCACCACUCCAGCACAGCAGCAGGAGCAAGAACAGCAGCAACAGGAACAGAUCCAGCAGCAACAAGGGCAGUCCUAGAACCAGGAGUAGAACCAAAAAAAGGAACCCAAACCAGGAAGAGUAGAAUAUAGACUGAAAUAAAUCUUUUCGCUUUUUUUUCCUAAUAAUAAACAAGUAUCCAAAGCAGCUAGAAUCUUGGACAUAUGGAUGAAAUUCCUGUAUACAUGCUAGAAAUUUCUGUUUCCUAAUUAUUUCAGCUUCCCUUAUCAACGGGUCUCAUUGCUUUGAGUGUCUUCUUUUAACUUGAGAGGUGCAGGAUUAGGAAAUCUUGAGGUUUGUUUUUUCUCAGCAGUGCUGUACUAUAGGACUGACAACUUUUCUUUCAAGAGGGUGGGGUAAGUGGAACUAUACUCUAACUAAAGUCCUUGAUGUAAAUCGUCGUCUCUUUUUGUCUUGAAAUUUUCCCUGUGGUGAUUCUGAUACUGACUGCCAAAGGCCAAGCAUAGAACAAACAUCACUGGGUCAUUAAUAAUUUUUCACUAGUCACGGUCAUUACACACCCACCUGACACUGACUAAUCAUUGCACUGAAUUAGACAACUUUUAAAAUCCCCUUUGAUUCCAGUUCAAUUAGGCAGUGUCAACAAUUCAAGUCCAGGAAAAACAUAGACUAUCGCGCUCACCUUCCUACCUUUUUGUUUGUUUGCUUGUUUGUUGUUUUAGCAUUAAAGUGAGUUUAGGUUGUAGAAACUGCAUCUUCUCAAACUUCAAACUUUAAAGAUACUGGGGGGGGGGGUUGUGGUGUUGUAGAAAAGAAAGGAAGAAAGAAAGAAAGCCUAUCAUACAAGGUUGCUGCAGAAUAUCCUAUGUUUACAUGAGAUCAUCAGCAUAGUAAAUGUAUGAAAAUUUGGAUUCUUGUAUUUGUUUUUGGUUAACUGUUUACAGAAGAAAUAUAUUUUUGCCAAAAGGGGUAUAUGAAGGAUUUUUGUAAACAAAAGUAAUAAUAAUAGUAAUAUAAAUUCUUUCCUAGGAAGCUGAGAUUUUUUUAAAAUGUUGUACCAUUGCUAUUUAUUUUGUUUCUGGGAAAAAUAAGCGUAUUGGACCAUUUCCUCCACAAUUAAUGUUGCCCCCAUUUUUUAGCAUCAGUGGGUAUCUGGUUGUGGGAUGUUUUCUUUUUCUAUUUUGUUUUGGGUUUUGUUUGUUUCUUAAGAGGAAAAAAAGUUAUGAUGAUUAAUAAACUUUUAGCAUUUUGCAA